CUUCACGUCUCAGAGGCUCUCGUCUUGGCGAUGAGAAACUUUUCCGCGUGCAUGUGUUAAUAGUGAAAUGGAUUUUCCAGAUGAUCUAUAUUACCUGUAAUUCCAGGGUGUAUGAAACAGUCCUUUUCAAGAUGUAUGGAACAUCACAUGUUGCAUCGACACCAGGAGCAAGUUCAACAGCUUUUAAUGGAGAACACAGAUGCAGCUUCUCACAACGUAUUUUUCCAAGUUAUGCUUGUGCCUUUUUGGACGAUGACCCUGCCUAUGAGUGUUGUUCUGCAAAUCCUCUGACAGGCUCCCUUUCCACAUGUCGCCGCAGCCGGCGACUGCUUUCUAAUGGUUAUUACAUUUUGACAGAAGACAGUUUUCUGUCUGAUGAAGAGGGCAACAUAACACUGACACCAUCCCAGACAAGUGUUACAUAUAAAGAGAAUUUAGUUCGCGUAUUCAGGCGAAGGAAGAAAAUCCGUCGUUCUCUUGCCAGCUUGUUCAAUCUCAGUGCCUCCACUUCAUGGCUCAGCAGCACCGUCCUCAACAAUAUGGAUUCCUCCCAUGUAGAUGAUCCUUGGCCUGAUGGAUGCGAUAAACUAGAAGCCAAUCAGAGUGAUAUUGGCGAUUCAGUCUUUUCUUCUGAAUAUAAUAGCCAUGUGCCACAAAGGCAAACUCCGUCAUCUAAUGGAGCCUCUCUCACCAAAGACAACGAGUUUCUUCAGCCAGAGAAACCAUUUUGUGCUUCAAAAUCCUGCUCUCCACUUAUGAUAAAUGCAAAUGCAGAGACUUUGAGCAAUGCAGAAUCCAGGACAGUGCGAAAUGUCCUUUCUCAGAUGGUUGCACUGAAGACGUGUUUAACCAUUUCAAUAUGUACAAGAUAUUUUCUGGGAGGAUUGUCUGCCACUUUGUUGCUGAUAAUUUUAGUUUUUCUUUUGUCCCAAGAUGCUGCUGUGUCAUCUUUCUUCAGUCUUGACACAUCUUUCAAAACAACUAAGUUUUGGAAAUAGUUGGAAAGAAAGAAUAAUUGGGUAAACAUACGCUGGUUGUAUUUUGAAGAUAAGCAUCAAUAGCUCAGCAUUAAGAGCUCAAAGAGGGAAAUGUCACCCAAAUUCCCAAUUUUUCAUAAAAAUUUACUUUUGCCUAGUGCAUUAAAUUGACUUUAGAUGAAGACAGACCAUCUGAUGUAACAAGACCAGGUUUUAUAAUUUCAAUAAAUGGUGACAAUAGAAUGUUCUUCUUCAUAAAAUUGAUGUAUUAUGUAACUAUAAUAGUAGUUAUAAUACUCAUCCUCAUAUAUACUUGUAGCUAAUACACUUGAAUAAUUUUGUCAGUAUUAAAUAAUUCUGCUUCUAUUUACUUUAACUAUGGCGACAACUGAGAGUAAAUACCAUUGUGUAAUACGUAUAAAUAUUUUGUGUUACCUAUUUCAUUGCAAGUUAUAACAGGUCCUUUACUAAAUGCACUAACUAAAGGAUUAUAAAAAUCUUUAGUGUUAAAUAAUCUCCUGGAAGAAUAACCUGGAAAAUGAAAUUCUAUACUGAGAGAGAAGUCUAAGACUGCAAUUACCCUGCAGCCAUCAAAGCGAUUAUGCUGAAAACUAGAAA